GCAACAUUUUUACAAGUAGGCACAUGCACACCUAAGGCAGUGUAAACAAACCGGUGAAAGUGUUUGUGUGUGAGUGUGAACUUGUCCCGAAGGGAUUAUGUAUUAGUCAAUUGAUUUGGACAUUGCGGCACUGUUAUCGGGCCUCACUUAUUAACGGGUGUAGAAUCGGAACGUACGAGGAACGGGUAUAGAAGGGGUCGAUAACGACGGGAAGCACAGUAAUAUAACAUGGCAUUGAAUUCGAAGGACUUUACCGGUACACAUUUUGAUCGCAUUGCCUUCAAUAUUUUCCUGUUCGGUGGGAUUUUUCUCUUAUGGUACGAGGCCUGCUUUGUUCUACCUUCCUAUGAUCCGAACACUGUCCAGUACGUGUGGUUUCACUACUUAGUGGCCGGAUGGCUGGCCUUCAGUAUCUACGGAAACAUGUACAAGCUCAAGACCACAGAUACCGUACACAAGAGACGCGGAGAGGACGGCGUGGUUGCGAACAAACCUCGUGGAUGGAAGUACUGUCGUACGUGUGUUAUGGACACGCCUGCCCGGUCACACCACUGUAAAGUUUGUAACGUGUGUAUACUGAAGAGGGACCACCACUGCUGGUUUGCGGCUUGCUGUAUCGGCUACCAUAAUCACCGUUAUUACGUUGUCAUGGUAACAUAUAUGGUUAUAGCCGGUUUGUAUUGUAAUUCAUUUAACUGCGAUUUCGUCACUUCCGUUACGGGCGGAUUCAGUGUGAUGAACGUAGUGUGGUUCCUGGGGCCACAUGUGGGCUGGGUGUUCGGAUUCUUGGACGGAUAUCAAUUCCUCAUCUACUUGCUCAGCUCAGCUGGAAUAAUAAUGACAGUUUUGUUUACAUGGCUUUUGGUGAUACAAAUAAUACAGAUAAAGAGCGGACAGACCAAGUAUGAGAGGACCAUGGAAAUACACAAUUACAAUAUUAAACGACAAUGGAAUAUACAGGAAGUCUUCGGGGAGAAAUCAUUUCUUGUGUUUCUGUCACCAUUUUUGAACUCUGCUCUACCUGGAGAUGGCAUUGUGUUUAGUGCCGCAGAUUAAUUAUAAAACCGGUCUUCGUGGUAUUGUGUAGACGUUACUCACGGAUUUAUAAUGUAAUCAUAGAUGAUUUGGGGGGAAAAGGCUGGUGUGUGAGACGUGCUUCAUAGAACUAGUGGCAGUAGUAUACAGUCUAUACAAAUGUACUUGACUGUGUUUCCUGAUGUUUGCAUUGUAUUUAGUGUCGCUGAUAAACAGUAAAUCCUGUCUUCGUCAAAUUAAGCUCACAACCUUUAUGUUUUGAAAAGAUUAUAGAUAUUCUAAAAACAAUGACGUUUGCAAUAUUCAUGUUUUUCUUAGAAUGAUCUCGUAGUCGAUGCUGUAUGCUGUUUUAUCUGUCGAUGGUAUGAUAUUUAGUGCCACGGAUUGACAAUAGAAAUUGCGCCUUAUUAAAUAAUGGCGAAUUUGAUGAAUGCUUAAUACCACUUUAAUAAAAAUAUUAAAAAAACUAACCUUAUUUGUUUUCAAUUCUAAUCUAUGUAUUUCGUAAAUUGACCUAGUAUAGAUUGUAUGUAUUGCUUGAGGCUACAUACAUGUACAUGUAACUCGCACAACCAAAUCAGACAGUCGGCAUAUGUAGCUCUUAUGAUAAGUUAAAUCCGUAAACUUACAGUGCCUCUGAGGAAUUUAAAUGGGCAACUGGUGAUCGAUUUUUGAAUGAAAAAAUCGAGGUUAUUUAACUUUUUACACUGUAUAAUUUAAGUGUAUUCGUCUAUGGCUUUGCAGUGGUAAAUGCAUGUAAUAAGGGGAUGUUUCUGUUAGAAAUCAUGGGAUUUGUUUGUA